CUAGUGAGUGCUCGGUGCAGGAUGUUGUAAGCAAACUUGUGCAAGGAAAUGGUAGAAGUACAGUAAAAGUGGAAGUGGGAAGAAGGUUGUGAAAACAAAACAGCCUGUGACAAAAUAAAAAAAAAACACCAGUUGGCAAAAUCCUUGAGAGAAGAAGACGUGAAAAGGAGAAAGUGAUCAAGUUUUGGGCUGAGCUGAAUGGUGAGAGAUGAGAAUGCAGAUAACCGUCUACGUGUUGCUCCUCAUGCUAUUACAAAAGGUCACGUGCCACGAGGAACAACAAAACAAAAACGGCACCCAUGGUUCCGCUGGGGUAACUGCAGUUCCUGGUGUGUGUGCUGUCAUCCCAUGUGCUUUUACUGAUUCUGGAAUCAACAACAUCACUAAAGAACAGUAUAAAUGGUAUAAGUGUUCUGAUAAAGACUGUAAACAUUCAACAGAGAUAAAGGAUGAAGACUUUAAUAGAUGGCAAACAGAUCCAUCAAAGAAUUGCUCGGUGAUCAUUGAUCUGAUAAGCAGUAAUGACGCAGGCUUUUACCAAUUCAGACCACAAAACAAAUCACAGUAUCCUUCUAUUAAAGUCACAAUUCAAGAGAAGCCUAUGAUACUUUCUCCACCUCUAACUGAUGGAAGACAGGCCACUCUGAACUGCUCAAUUCCAAAUCCGUGUCCCACAGCUCAGCCACAAAUAACAUGGAAGCUGGGAGGCAAUUUCACUAGUCUUUUCAAUGCUACAACGAUUGUGAACCUGAGCAACGGUGACAUAACCUCGAUGCUGACCUUCACCCCCUCAUUUGAUCUGGAUGGCACUGUUGUCCAGUGUGUUGUGAAGUAUGGGAAUACUACCACCUACACAAAUUGGACUUUAGCAGUGACACGUCCAAAUGAGAACAUCGACAGGCAGAACGAUCAAGACUCCAAAGCAGUUGUACAAGAAAAUACUCCUCUUCAAGGUGCCCAAUGUGAUGACAACACGGACAACCUUCUGACAAUAAGGACAGUCUUCUCAUUUUUAGCAGGAUCAUCUAGUACAGCAAUCAUUGCCUGUGCUGUACUGUGCUGUGUGUGCAUAUGCCAAAGAUGCGGAACUCUCAAAGCAACAGAUGGAAACACAAACAUUAAAUUGGAGACUGUUAAAAUUCAACCAAGCCAAGAGGCUGUUGCAGACAAUGCAGGAGCAAAUGAACAGACUCCACUUCAAAAACGACGUUCUGAAGAGGCUAGGUCCAACGGAAGUGGUGGACUGGAAGAGGAGGAUACACCAGGAGAAGACAGGAAUUUAGGAGUGCAUGAGGCAGCAGGAGAAGAAACAAAAGAAGUGGACUACGCCUGUAUCGACUACUCACUUAUACAGAAGAGACAGGCUGAGGCCCAAAAGCCAAAGAGUGAAGACACAGAAUAUGCAGAGAUCCAUAUAAAGAAGCAGGCUGAAGGAGAGGGAGAUGAGCUCUUGCAGGACGGAACGGAUCAGAGUGCCUCAAGGCUAGAGGAGGGGGUAGAGAGUCAGGAGCAGGAGGGAGAGGCUGAGGUAGAAGUUUAAUGUGCUCAUGCUUUAAAGUAAAGAAGGCAUUUUCCAUUGUAUUAAGCAUUAAGACAUAUGAUGAUUAUUUUUAUAAGUAAGGUUAUAGAACAAUGUAUUGGGGAAAAACUCAAUUAAGCAGUUCAGAGUUUAAGUGUAAUAACACGUAAAAGAAUUAAUUGUAGUCAAAAUUGAGUUUUGACAUCAUGUAAAAAAAAAGAUUUAGUGUUUAGUCCUCAUAUAGAACCAGUCAAACAUUUUGACAUACUUGAUUAUAUAUGUUUAUUAUCUUAAAGUAAUUUGCCUCUGCUUAAACAAUAAUCACAAAAAUAAUCAUUUGUUUUGACAAGAGUAGCUUUCAUUUAGAACUUAAAUGAAAUUUAGAGUUGAGAAACCUAGACUAGGAACCAUAUUUGGACCAGUUGGAACCAAUCAUUAGUGUCCAAUAGUGGUAACUUCUUUGGGUUUCUUAUUAAAGCAAUAAGCUAAAAAAAAGUCGUGGGUUACUAUGAUUUUAUCACAGGGAAGGGUGUCCUUAAGCUCACCUUCCCUCUGAUAAAAUCGCUGUAAUGCCCAGCUUCAAUUGCUUUUAUAAAUGUUGACCAAAGUGAAAUGUGAUAAAAUACACAUUUUUUCAGAAAAUAAUUGAUUAUUAUUAAUAAUCAACAUAAACAAGUAUUCCACAAAGAAAUGUAGUUCCAUUAAAAUAUGAUAAUGUUGCCAAGCAACCAUGGACUGCUGAAUGCAGAGAAGAAUGUUUGGUGGCCCAUCACUGUAUAUUGUAGUCAUUUCAUGAACUUUUUAACUUUUUGUCAUAUAAUGAACAUAUGAUAAUGCAGGCCUGUUUAAAGCAAGAACUUUCACUUUAUUAGUAUUUUUUAUCACCAAAUUACCACUGCGGGUCUUAUUCAGCUCCAAUCUAGCAGUGCCCUCUCCUCAUGCUGGGGCUGAAUCUCAAAUGGCUCCCUGCUCCCUACGUAGUGCACUACAUAAAAAUUUAAAUACUGGAUCCUGCACCUCAACAGUGUAAAAUGCAUCUAAGAAAUAAUCCUUUGGGACUCGAUAUCUACAUCCACACUCGAUAAAUGAUGCACUAUUUCGCUGUAGAUGCUAGAAUUUUGAAACUUGCAUAGCUAGCACACUAUUUAGGGAGUAUGGAGCCGUUUGGGAUUCAGCCUGGGUUUGAAGUGAUUUCUGUCUGAAACAUGAACAUUUGAAGUGUGUCAGCCAUUCAGGUGUCAUUUUUAUGCUUUUAUACUGUUGUUUUAUAAUUCAUUAUAUCAAAGUAAUAAUUAUUUCAAGCCUGUGAUAUUAAUAAUGGAGUUGUUAAGCUGUUGGCUAUUUUUUAACCUGUUAGCUAGCUGAGCAGACAUUCUAGUUAAGAACAUAAGUCGCCAGCCCCUCAACACAAAAAACAUGUUCUUUAUUUAUACACUUGGUGGUGCAUGUGAGCAGCAUAGGAGUCAAUUGUUAUUCAAUUAAUGGCACAUGGGUUUUUUUGUGCCGUGGUGUAGUAAUACACAAUUUAGUUGUUGUGAGGUGGUCAUAAGUGUGUGUAUCAGAUUUUAGAACUGGAACUUUCAGUCUGUUUUAUUAUAAAAGUUAAUUAGUGAAAUGUCUAUCCUUGCUAAUGCAUUACAGCCAAUCAGAUGUGUUGUGAUGUGGGAGGGCAGAGUUAAAUAGUCACAGUAAUUCUACAUUAACUUUCAUAGUUAAUUCUUAGUAUUGUGUUUAUUAUUAUACUACAAUGUGGAUAAUAGUAAAUAAAGAAAAUGAAAUGAAGACCCAAUCUAUGAGUCAAGGGUAUCCAAAGAUUUAUGGAUGGGGGUCUGGCACAUGCUCCCCCAUGAACUAUUAGCAAUAGAUGAAAAACGUAUCAAAAUGCCUAUUUGGUCAAGUUAGAAGACAGACGAUUUGUUUAUUUAAAACGAAUAAACCAACAUACUUAAAUACUAUAUUUGGCCACCUACAUGGAUCACGGGUCUUACAAAGGUAUUAAAGUCAAGUAAUGCUGUCUCGUCUCUCUUGGAUAAGCUGUAGCUCCUAAAUAUGCUAUUUAAACACAGAUUAUGGAUUAGUACAGUCUCAGUUUGUGCAACCAUAUAAAGUGUGAUUUGGUUUUGCAGUUGUGCUUACAUGUUUAAUAGUCUGCGUGAUGUUAUUAUAGUGACAUUUGGCAGCUCAAAAAUGAUAAUUUUACAUUUUUGUUUAGUCUCACAAUUGAAGAUAUAUUAAGUGAACAACAUUUCUACAAAUUCAUUAUUUUAUCUGAAAACUUAACCAACACUCCCUCACUUUUUUCUUGAUCACUGACCUUUAUCAGACCUGCUUCAAAACAUCUUCACUCUGUAACUACUUACCGAUUCAGACUAUAAAUUAUGCAUUUUGAAUAUGACCUGUUCUUUACUUUGCAGAGUGAGUAGCACCAGAGCCCACCCACAUGUCUGAUGGCUAGUCUAAACAGCAGAGGAUUGCCAUCUCUUGUUUUGUUAGAAAUGCUGAUAGCAUCAUAAGUCAAAGCCUCCCUAAGACUGGAAAUGCAAUGCCCCUGCUCUAAGUCAUAGUGUUAAUGUAUAAAAACAACGUUCACCUAAUGUAUCUUUCAAGCAUGACUGAAAUAGUUGAAUAUUUUAUCAUUAUUUAUGUUUUGAAUUGCAAAGCUAAAGCUGUUGAUAAGCUAAUGCUGGUGGUUUAUCAAUAACAUACCAAUAUCAUGCUGUAAUAAACUGUGUCAGUGCUGCCACCUUCA